AUGAGAAGAACAGAGGGAGGGAAGCAGGGAAAAGGGAGAGAAGAACAGAGGGAGGGAAGCAGGGAAAAGGGAGAGAAGAACAGAGGGAGGGAAGCAGGGGAAAGGGAGAGAAGAACAGAGGGAGGGAAGCAGGGAAAAAGGGAGAGAAGAACAGAGGGAGGGAAGCAGGGGAAAAGGGAGAGAAGAACAGAGGGAGGGAAGCAGGGAAAAGGGAGAGAAGAACAGAGGGAGGGAAGCAGGGAAAAGGGAGAGAAGAACAGAGGGAGGGAAGCAGGGAAAAGGGAGAGAAGAACAGAGGGAGGGAAGCAGGGAAAAGGGAGAGAAGAACAGAGGGAGGGAAGCAGGGAAAAGGGAGAGAAGAACAGAGGGAGGGAAGCAGGGAAAAGGGAGAGAAGAACAGAGGGAGGGAAGCAGGGAAAAGGGAGAGAAGAACAGGAGGGAGCAGAAGAGACAGAGGAGGGAAGCAGGGAAAGGGAGAGAAGAACAGAGGGAGGGAAGCAGGGAAAAGGGAGAGAAGAACAGAGGGAGGGAAGCAGGGAAAAGGGAGAGAAGAACAGAGGGAGGGAAGCAGGGAAAAGGGAGAGAAGAACAGAGGGAGGGAAGCAGGGAAAAGGGAGAGAAGAACAGAGGGAGGGAAGCAGGGAAAAGGGAGAGAAGAACAGAGGGAGGGAAGCAGGGAAAAGGGAGAGAAGAACAGAGGGAGGGAAGCAGGGAAAAGGGAGAGAAGAACAGAGGGAGGGAAGCAGGGAAAAGGGAGAGAAGAACAGAGGGAGGGAAGCAGGGAAAAGGGAGAGAAGAACAGAGGGAGGGAAGCAGGGAAAAGGGAGAGAAGAACAGAGGGAGGGAAGCAGGGAAAAGGGAGAGAAGAACAGAGGGAGGGAAGCAGGGAAAAGGGAGAGAAGAACAGAGGGAGGGAAGCAGGGAAAAGGGAGAGAAGAACAGAGGGAGGGAAGCAGGGAAAAGGGAGAGAAGAACAGAGGGAGGGAAGCAGGGAAAAGGGAGAGAAGAACAGAGGGAGGGAAGCAGGGAAAAGGGAGAGAAGAACAGAGGGAGGGAAGCAGGGAAAAGGGAGAGAAGAACAGAGGGAGGGAAGCAGGGAAAAGGGAGAGAAGAACAGAGGGAGGGAAGCAGGGAAAAGGGAGAGAAGAACAGAGGGAGGGAAGCAGGGAAAAGGGAGAGAAGAACAGAGGGAGGGAAGCAGGGAAAAGGGAGAGAAGAACAGAGGGAGGGAAGCAGGGAAAAGGGAGAGAAGAACAGAGGGAGGGAAGCAGGGAAAAGGGAGAGAAGAACAGAGGGAGGGAAGCAGGGAAAAGGGAGAGAAGAACAGAGAGGGAGGGAAGCAGGGAAAAGGGAGAGAAGAACAGAGGGAGGGAAGCAGGGAAAAGGGAGAGAAGAACAGAGGAGGGAAGCAGGGAAAAGGGAGAGAAGAACAGAGGGAGGAAGCAGGGAAAAGGGAGAGAAGAACAGAGGGAGGGAAGCAGGGAAAAGGGAGAGAAGAACAGAGGGAGGGAAGCAGGGAAAAGGGAGAGAAGAACAGAGGGAGGGAAGCAGGGAAAGGGAGAGAAGAACAGAGGGAGGGAAGCAGGGAAAAGGGAGAGAAGAACAGAGGGAGGGAAGCAGGGAAAAGGGAGAGAAGAACAGAGGGAGGGAAGCAGGGAAAAGGGAGAGAAGAACAGAGGGAGGGAAGCAGGGAAAAGGGAGAGAAGAACAGAGGGAGGGAAGCAGGGAAAAGGGAGAGAAGAACAGAGGGAGGGAAGCAGGGAAAAGGGAGAGAAGAACAGAGGGAGGGAAGCAGGGAAAAGGGAGAGAAGAACAGAGGGAGGGAAGCAGGGAAAAGGGAGAGAAGAACAGAGGGAGGGAAGCAGGGAAAAGGGAGAGAAGAACAGAGGGAGGGAAGCAGGGAAAAGGGAGAGAAGAACAGAGGGAGGGAAGCAGGGAAAAGGGAGAGAAGAACAGAGGGAGGGAAGCAGGGAAAAGGGAGAGAAGAACAGAGGGAGGGAAGCAGGGAAAAGGGAGAGAAGAACAGAGGGAGGGAAGCAGGGAAAAGGGAGAGAAGAACAGAGGGAGGGAAGCAGGGAAAAGGGAGAGAAGAACAGAGGGAGGGAAGCAGGGAAAAGGGAGAGAAGAACAGAGGGAGGGAAGCAGGGAAAAGGGAGAGAAGAACAGAGGGAGGGAAGCAGGGGAAAAGGGAGAGAAGAACAGAGGGAGGGAAGCAGGGAAAAGGGAGAGAAGAACAGAGGGAGGGAAGCAGGGAAAAGGGAGAGAAGAACAGAGGGAGGGAAGCAGGGAAAAGGGAGAGAAGAACAGAUGGGAGGGAAGCAGGGAAAAGGGAGAGAAGAACAGAGGGAGGGAAGCAGGGAAAAGGGAGAGAAGAACAGAGGGAGGGAAGCAGGGAAAAGGGAGAGAAGACAGAGGGAGGGAAGCAGGGAAAAGGGAGAGAAGAACAGAGGGAGGGAAGCAGGGAAAAGGGAGAGAAGAACAGAGGGAGGGAAGCAGGGAAAAGGGAGAGAAGAACAGAGGGAGGGAAGCAGGGAAAAGGGAGAGAAGAACAGAGGGAGGGAAGCAGGGAAAAGGGAGAGAAGAACAGAGGGAGGGAAGCAGGGAAAAGGGAGAGAAGAACAGAGGGAGGGAAGCAGGGAAAAGGGAGAGAAGAACAGAGGGAGGGAAGCAGGGAAAAGGGAGAGAAGAACAGAGGGAGGGAAGCAGGGAAAAGGGAGAGAAGAACAGAGGGAGGGAAGCAGGGAAAAGGGAGAGAAGAACAGAGGGAGGGAAGCAGGGAAAAGGGAGAGAAGAACAGAGGGAGGGAAGCAGGGAAAAGGGAGAGAAGAACAGAGGGAGGGAAGCAGGGAAAAGGGAGAGAAGAACAGAGGGAGGGAAGCAGGGAAAAGGGGAGAGAAGAACAGAGGGAGGGAAGCAGGGGAAAGGGAGAGAAGAACAGAGGGAGGGAAAGCAGGGAAAAGGGAGAGAAGAACAGAGGGAGGGAAGCAGGGGAAAAGGGAGAGAGAAGAACAGAGGGAGGGAAGCAGGGAAAAGGGAGAGAAGAACAGAGGGAGGGAAGCAGGGAAAAGGGAGAGAAGAACAGAGGGAGGGAAGCAGGGAAAAGGGAGAGAAGAACAGAGGGAGGGAAGCAGGGAAAAGGGAGAGAAGAACAGAGGGAGGGAAGCAGGGAAAGGGAGAGAAGAACAGAGGGAGGGAAGCAGGGAAAAGGGAGAGAAGAACAGAGGGAGGGAAGCAGGGAAAAGGGAGAGAAGAACAGAGGGAGGGAAGCAGGGAAAAGGGAGAGAAGAACAGAGGGAGGGAAGCAGGGAAAAGGGAGAGAAGAACAGAGGGAGGGAAGCAGGGAAAAGGGAGAGAAGAACAGAGGGAGGGAAGCAGGGAAAAGGGAGAGAAGAACAGAGGGAGGGAAGCAGGGAAAAGGGAGAGAAGAACAGAGGGAGGGAAGCAGGGAAAAGGGAGAGAAGAACAGAGGGAGGGAAGCAGGGAAAAGGGAGAGAAGAACAGAGGGAGGGAAAGCAGGGAAAAGGGAGAGAAGAACAGAGGGAGGGAAGCAGGGAAAAGGGAGAGAAGAACAGAGGGAGGGAAGCAGGGAAAAGGGAGAGAAGAACAGAGGGAGGGAAGCAGGGAAAAGGGAGAGAAGAACAGAGGGAGGGAAGCAGGGAAAAGGGAGAGAAGAACAGAGGGAGGGAAGCAGGGAAAAGGGAGAGAAGAACAGAGGGAGGGAAGCAGGGAAAAGGGAGAGAAGAACAGAGGGAGGGAAGCAGGGAAAAGGGAGAGAAGAACAGAGGGAGGGAAGCAGGGAAAAGGGAGAGAAGAACAGAGGGAGGGAAGCAGGGAAAAGGGAGAGAAGAACAGAGGGAGGGAAGCAGGGAAAAGGGAGAGAAGAACAGAGGGAGGGAAGCAGGGAAAAGGGAGAGAAGAACAGAGGGAGGGAAGCAGGGAAAAGGGAGAGAAGAACAGAGGGAGGGAAGCAGGGAAAAGGGAGAGAAGAACAGAGGGAGGGAAGCAGGGAAAAGGGAGAGAAGAACAGAGGGAGGGAAGCAGGGAAAAGGGAGAGAAGAACAGAGGGAGGGAAGCAGGGAAAAGGGAGAGAAGAACAGAGGGAGGGAAGCAGGGAAAAGGGAGAGAAGAACAGAGGGAGGGAAGCAGGGAAAAGGGAGAGAAGAACAGAGGGAGGGAAGCAGGGAAAAGGGAGAGAAGAACAGAGGGAGGGAAGCAGGGAAAAGGGAGAGAAGAACAGAGGGAGGGAAGCAGGGAAAAGGGAGAGAAGAACAGAGGGAGGGAAGCAGGGAAAAGGGAGAGAAGAACAGAGGGAGGGAAGCAGGGAAAGGGAGAGAAGAACAGAGGAGGGAAGCAGGAAGAGAACAGAGGGAGGGAAGCAGGGAAAAGGGAGAGAAGAACAGAGGGAGGGAAGCAGGGAAAAGGGAGAGAAGAACAGAGGGAGGGAAGCAGGGAAAAGGGAGAGAAGAACAGAGGGAGGGAAGCAGGGAAAAGGGAGAGAAGAACAGAGGGAGGGAAGCAGGGAAAAGGGAGAGAAGAACAGAGGGAGGGAAGCAGGGAAAAGGGAGAGAAGAACAGAGGGAGGGAAGCAGGGAAAAGGGAGAGAAGAACAGAGGGAGGGAAGCAGGGAAAAGGGAGAGAAGAACAGAGGGAGGGAAGCAGGGAAAAGGGAGAGAAGAACAGAGGGAGGGAAGCAGGGAAAAGGGAGAGAAGAACAGAGGGAGGGAAGCAGGGAAAAGGGAGAGAAGAACAGAGGGAGGGAAGCAGGGAAAAGGGAGAGAAGAACAGAGGGAGGGAAGCAGGGAAAAGGGAGAGAAGAACAGAGGGAGGGAAGCAGGGAAAAGGGAGAGAAGAACAGAGGGAGGGAAGCAGGGAAAAGGGAGAGAAGAACAGAGGGAGGGAAGCAGGGAAAAGGGAGAGAAGAACAGAGGGAGGGAAGCAGGGAAAAGGGAGAGAAGAACAGAGGGAGGGAAGCAGGGAAAAGGGAGAGAAGAACAGAGGGAGGGAAGCAGGGAAAGGGAGAGAAGAACAGAGGGAGGGAAGCAGGGAAAAGGGAGAGAAGAACAGAGGGAGGGAAGCAGGGAAAAGGGAGAGAAGAACAGAGGGAGGGAAGCAGGGAAAAGGGAGAGAAGAACAGAGGGAGGGAAGCAGGGAAAAGGGAGAGAAGAACAGAGGGAGGGAAGCAGGGAAAAGGGAGAGAAGAACAGAGGGAGGGAAGCAGGGAAAAGGGAGAGAAGAACAGAGGGAGGGAAGCAGGGAAAAGGGAGAGAAGACAGAGGGAGGGAAGCAGGGAAAAGGGAGAGAAGAACAGAGGGAGGGAAGCAGGGAAAAGGGAGAGAAGAACAGAGGGAGGGAAGCAGGGAAAAGGGAGAGAAGAACAGAGGGAGGGAAGCAGGGAAAAGGGAGAGAAGAACAGAGGGAGGGAAGCAGGGAAAAGGGAGAGAAGAACAGAGGGAGGGAAGCAGGGAAAAGGGAGAGAAGAACAGAGGGAGGGAAGCAGGGAAAAGGGAGAGAAGAAACAGAGGGAGGGAAGCAGGGAAAAGGGAGAGAAGAACAGAGGGAGGGAAGCAGGGAAAAGGGAGAGAAGAACAGAGGGAGGGAAGCAGGGAAAAGGGAGAGAAGAACAGAGGGAGGGAAGCAGGGAAAAGGGAGAGAAGAACAGAGGGAGGGAAGCAGGGAAAAGGGAGAGAAGAACAGAGGGAGGGAAGCAGGGAAAAGGGAGAGAAGAACAGAGGGAGGGAAGCAGGGAAAAGGGAGAGAAGAACAGAGGGAGGGAAGCAGGGAAAAGGGAGAGAAGAACAGAGGGAGGGAAGCAGGGAAAAGGGAGAGAAGAACAGAGGGAGGGAAGCAGGGAAAAGGGAGAGAAGAACAGAGGGAGGGAAGCAGGGAAAAGGGAGAGAAGAACAGAGGGAGGGAAGCAGGGAAAAGGGAGAGAAGAACAGAGGGAGGGAAGCAGGGAAAAGGGAGAGAAGAACAGAGGGAGGGAAGCAGGGAAAAGGGAGAGAAGAACAGAGGGAGGGAAGCAGGGAAAAGGGAGAGAAGAACAGAGGGAGGGAAGCAGGGAAAAGGGAGAGAAGAACAGAGGGAGGGAAGCAGGGAAAAGGGAGAGAAGAACAGAGGGAGGGAAGCAGGGAAAAGGGAGAGAAGAACAGAGGGAGGGAAGCAGGGAAAAGGGAGAGAAGAACAGAGGGAGGGAAGCAGGGAAAAGGGAGAGAAGAACAGAGGGAGGGAAGCAGGGAAAAGGGAGAGAAGAACAGAGGGAGGGAAGCAGGGAAAAGGGAGAGAAGAACAGAGGGAGGGAAGCAGGGAAAAGGGAGAGAAGAACAGAGGGAGGGAAGCAGGGAAAAGGGAGAGAAGAACAGAGGGAGGGAAGCAGGGAAAAGGGAGAGAGAAGAACAGAGGGAGGGAAGCAGGGAAAAGGGAGAGAAGAACAGAGGGAGGGAAGCAGGGAAAAGGGAGAGAAGAACAGAGGGAGGGAAGCAGGGAAAAGGGAGAGAAGAACAGAGGGAGGGAAGCAGGGAAAAGGGAGAGAAGAACAGAGGGAGGGAAGCAGGGAAAAGGGAGAGAAGAACAGAGGGAGGGAAGCAGGGAAAAGGGAGAGAAGAACAGAGGGAGGGAAGCAGGGAAAAGGGAGAGAAGAACAGAGGGAGGGAAGCAGGGAAAAGGGAGAGAGACAGGGAGGGAAGCAGGGAAAAGGGAGAGAAGAACAGAGGGAGGGAAGCAGGGAAAAGGGAGAGAAGAACAGAGGGAGGGAAGCAGGGAAAAGGGAGAGAAGAACAGAGGGAGGGAAGCAGGGAAAAGGGAGAGAAGAACAGAGGGAGGGAAGCAGGGAAAAGGGAGAGAAGAACAGAGGGAGGGAAGCAGGGAAAAGGGAGAGAAGAACAGAGGGAGGGAAGCAGGGAAAAGGGAGAGAAGAACAGAGGGAGGGAAGCAGGGAAAAGGGAGAGAAGAACAGAGGGAGGGAAGCAGGGAAAAGGGAGAGAAGAACAGAGGGAGGGAAGCAGGGAAAAGGGAGAGAAGAACAGAGGGAGGGAAGCAGGGAAAAGGGAGAGAAGAACAGAGGGAGGGAAGCAGGGAAAAGGGAGAGAAGAACAGAGGGAGGGAAGCAGGGAAAAGGGAGAGAAGAGGAGAGCAGGGAAAGGGAGAGAGAGGGAGGGAAGCAGGGAAAAGGGAGAGAAGAACAGAGGGAGGGAAGCAGGGAAAAGGGAGAGAAGAACAGAGGGAGGGAAGCAGGGAAAAGGGAGAGAAGAACAGAGGGAGGGAAGCAGGGAAAAGGGAGAGAAGAACAGAGGGAGGGAAGCAGGGAAAAGGGAGAGAAGAACAGAGGGAGGGAAGCAGGGAAAAGGGAGAGAAGAACAGAGGGAGGGAAGCAGGGAAAAGGGAGAGAAGAACAGAGGGAGGGAAGCAGGGAAAAGGGAGAGAAGAACAGAGGGAGGGAAGCAGGGAAAAGGGAGAGAAGAACAGAGGGAGGGAAGCAGGGAAAAGGGAGAGAAGAACAGAGGGAGGGAAGCAGGGAAAAGGGAGAGAAGAACAGAGGGAGGGAAGCAGGGAAAAGGGAGAGAAGAACAGAGGGAGGGAAGCAGGGAAAAGGGAGAGAAGAACAGAGGGAGGGAAGCAGGGAAAAGGGAGAGAAGAACAGAGGGAGGGAAGCAGGGAAAAGGGAGAGAAGAACAGAGGGAGGGAAGCAGGGAAAAGGGAGAGAAGAACAGAGGGAGGGAAGCAGGGAAAAGGGAGAGAAGAACAGAGGGAGGGAAGCAGGGAAAAGGGAGAGAAGAACAGAGGGAGGGAAGCAGGGAAAAGGGAGAGAAGAACAGAGGGAGGGAAGCAGGGAAAAGGGAGAGAAGAACAGAGGGAGGGAAGCAGGGAAAAGGGAGAGAAGAACAGAGGGAGGGAAGCAGGGAAAAGGGAGAGAAGAACAGAGGGAGGGAAGCAGGGAAAAGGGAGAGAAGAACAGAGGGAGGGAAGCAGGGAAAAGGGAGAGAAGAACAGAGGGAGGGAAGCAGGGAAAAGGGAGAGAAGAACAGAGGGAGGGAAGCAGGGAAAAGGGAGAGAAGAACAGAGGGAGGGAAGCAGGGAAAAGGGAGAGAGAACAGAGGGAGGGAAGCAGAGGGAGGGAAGCAGGGAAAGGGAGAGAAGAACAGAGGGAGGGAAGCAGGGAAAAGGGAGAGAAGAACAGAGGGAGGGAAGCAGGGAAAAGGGAGAGAAGAACAGAGGGAGAGGAAGCAGGGAAAAGGGAGAGAAGAACAGAGGGAGGGAAGCAGGGAAAGGGAGAGAAGAACAGAGGGAGGGAAGCAGGAAAGGGAGAGAAGAACAGAGGGAGGGAAGCAGGGAAAAGGGAGAGAAGAACAGAGGGAGGGAAGCAGGGAAAAGGGAGAGAAGAACAGAGGGAGGGAAGCAGGGAAAAGGGAGAGAAGAACAGAGGGAGGGAAGCAGGGAAAAGGGAGAGAAGAACAGAGGGAGGGAAGCAGGGAAAAGGGAGAGAAGAACAGAGGGAGGGAAGCAGGGAAAAGGGAGAGAAGAACAGAGGGAGGGAAGCAGGGAAAAGGGAGAGAAGAACAGAGGGAGGGAAGCAGGGAAAAGGGAGAGAAGAACAGAGGGAGGGAAGCAGGGAAAAGGGAGAGAAGAACAGAGGGAGGGAAGCAGGGAAAAGGGAGAGAAGAACAGAGGGAGGGAAGCAGGGAAAAGGGAGAGAAGAACAGAGGGAGGGAAGCAGGGAAAAGGGAGAGAAGAACAGAGGGAGGGAAGCAGGGAAAAGGGAGAGAAGAACAGAGGGAGGGAAGCAGGGAAAAGGGAGAGAAGAACAGAGGGAGGGAAGCAGGGAAAAGGGAGAGAAGAACAGAGGGAGGGAAGCAGGGAAAAGGGAGAGAAGAACAGAGGGAGGGAAGCAGGGAAAAGGGAGAGAAGAACAGAGGGAGGGAAGCAGGGAAAAGGGAGAGAAGAACAGAGGGAGGGAAGCAGGGAAAAGGGAGAGAAGAACAGAGGGAGGGAAGCAGGGAAAAGGGAGAGAAGAACAGAGGGAGGGAAGCAGGGAAAAGGGAGAGAAGAACAGAGGGAGGGAAGCAGGGAAAAGGGAGAGAAGAACAGAGGGAGGGAAGCAGGGAAAAGGGAGAGAAGAACAGAGGGAGGGAAGCAGGGAAAAGGGAGAGAAGAACAGAGGGAGGGAAGCAGGGAAAAGGGAGAGAAGAACAGAGGGAGGGAAGCAGGGAAAAGGGAGAGAAGAACAGAGGGAGGGAAGCAGGGAAAAGGGAGAGAAGAACAGAGGGAGGGAAGCAGGGAAAAGGGAGAGAAGAACAGAGGGAGGGAAGCAGGGAAAAGGGAGAGAAGAACAGAGGGAGGGAAGCAGGGAAAAGGGAGAGAAGAACAGAGGGAGGGAAGCAGGGAAAAGGGAGAGAAGAACAGAGGGAGGGAAGCAGGGAAAAGGGAGAGAAGAACAGAGGGAGGGAAGCAGGGAAAAGGGAGAGAAGAACAGAGGGAGGGAAGCAGGGAAAAGGGAGAGAAGAACAGAGGGAGGGAAGCAGGGAAAAGGGAGAGAAGAACAGAGGGAGGGAAGCAGGGAAAAGGGAGAGAAGAACAGAGGGAGGGAAGCAGGGAAAAGGGAGAGAAGAACAGAGGGAGGGAAGCAGGGAAAAGGGAGAGAAGAACAGAGGGAGGGAAGCAGGGAAAAGGGAGAGAAGAACAGAGGGAGGGAAGCAGGGAAAAGGGAGAGAAGAACAGAGGGAGGGAAGCAGGGAAAAGGGAGAGAAGAACAGAGGGAGGGAAGCAGGGAAAAGGGAGAGAAGAACAGAGGGAGGGAAGCAGGGAAAAGGGAGAGAAGAACAGAGGGAGGGAAGCAGGGAAAAGGGAGAGAAGAACAGAGGGAGGGAAGCAGGGAAAAGGGAGAGAAGAACAGAGGGAGGGAAGCAGGGAAAAGGGAGAGAAGAACAGAGGGAGGGAAGCAGGGAAAAGGGAGAGAAGAACAGAGGGAGGGAAGCAGGGAAAGGGAGAGAAGAACAGAGGGAGGGAAGCAGGGAAAAGGGAGAGAAGAACAGAGGGAGGGAAGCAGGGAAAAGGGAGAGAAGAACAGAGGGAGGGAAGCAGGGAAAAGGGAGAGAAGAACAGAGGGAGGGAAGCAGGGAAAAGGGAGAGAAGAACAGAGGGAGGGAAGCAGGGAAAAGGGAGAGAAGAACAGAGGGAGGGAAGCAGGGAAAAGGGAGAGAAGAACAGAGGGAGGGAAGCAGGGAAAAGGGAGAGAAGAACAGAGGGAGGGAAGCAGGGAAAAGGGAGAGAAGAACAGAGGGAGGGAAGCAGGGAAAAGGGAGAGAAGAACAGAGGGAGGGAAGCAGGGAAAAGGGAGAGAAGAACAGAGGGAGGGAAGCAGGGAAAAGGGAGAGAAGAACAGAGGGAGGGAAGCAGGGAAAGGGAGAGAAGAACAGAGGGAGGGAAGCAGGGAAAAGGGAGAGAAGAACAGAGGGAGGGAAGCAGGGAAAAGGGAGAGAAGAACAGAGGGAGGGAAGCAGGGAAAAGGGAGAGAAGAACAGAGGGAGGGAAGCAGGGAAAAGGGAGAGAAGAACAGAGGGAGGGAAGCAGGGAAAAGGGAGAGAAGAACAGAGGGAGGGAAGCAGGGAAAGGGAGAGAAGAACAGAGGGAGGGAAGCAGGGAAAAGGGAGAGAAGAACAGAGGGAGGGAAGCAGGGAAAAGGGAGAGAAGAACAGAGGGAGGGAAGCAGGGAAAAGGGAGAGAAGAACAGAGGGAGGGAAGCAGGGAAAAGGGAGAGAAGAACAGAGGGAGGGAAGCAGGGAAAAGGGAGAGAAGAACAGAGGGAGGGAAGCAGGGAAAAGGGAGAGAAGAACAGAGGGAGGGAAGCAGGGAAAGGGAGAGAAGAACAGAGGGAGGGAAGCAGGGAAAAGGGAGAGAAGAACAGAGGGAGGGAAGCAGGGAAAAGGGAGAGAAGAACAGAGGGAGGGAAGCAGGGAAAAGGGAGAGAAGAACAGAGGGAGGGAAGCAGGGAAAAGGGAGAGAAGAACAGAGGGAGGGAAGCAGGAAAAGGGAGAGAAGAACAGAGGGAGGGAAGCAGGGAAAAGGGAGAGAAGAACAGAGGGAGGGAAGCAGGGAAAAGGGAGAGAAGAACAGAGGGAGGGAAGCAGGGAAAAGGGAGAGAAGAACAGAGGGAGGGAAGCAGGGAAAAGGGAGAGAAGAACAGAGGGAGGGAAGCAGGGAAAAGGGAGAGAAGAACAGAGGGAGGGAAGCAGGGAAAAGGGAGAGAAGAACAGAGGGAGGGAAGCAGGGAAAAGGGAGAGAAGAACAGAGGGAGGGAAGCAGGGAAAAGGGAGAGAAGAACAGAGGGAGGGAAGCAGGGAAAAGGGAGAGAAGAACAGAGGGAGGGAAGCAGGGAAAAGGGAGAGAAGAACAGAGGGAGGGAAGCAGGGGAAAGGGAGAGAAGAACAGAGGGAGAGAAGCAGGGGAAAGGGAGGAGAAGAAGCAGAGGGAGGGAAGCAGGGAAAAGGGAGAGAAGAACAGAGGGAGGGAAGCAGGGAAAAGGGAGAGAAGAACAGAGGGAGGGAAGCAGGGAAAAGGGAGAGAAGAACAGAGGGAGGGAAGCAGGGGAAAAGGGAGAGAAGAACAGAGGGAGGGAAGCAGGGAAAAGGGAGAGAAGAACAGAGGGAGGGAAGGCAGGGAAAAGGGAGAGAAGAACAGAGGGAGGGAAGCAGGGAAAAGGGAGAGAAGAACAGAGGGAGGGAAGCAGGGAAAAGGGAGAGAAGAACAGAGGGAGGGAAGCAGGGAAAAGGGAGAGAAGAACAGAGGGAGGGAAGCAGGGAAAAGGGAGAGAAGAACAGAGGGAGGGAAGCAGGGAAAAGGGAGAGAAGAACAGAGGGAGGGAAGCAGGGAAAAGGGAGAGAAGAACAGAGGGAGGGAAGCAGGGAAAAGGGAGAGAAGAACAGAGGGAGGGAAGCAGGGAAAAGGGAGAGAAGAACAGAGGGAGGGAAGCAGGGAAAAGGGAGAGAAGACAGAGGGAGGGAAGCAGGGGAAAGGGAGAGAAGAACAGAGGGAGGGAAGCAGGGAAAAGGGAGAGAAGAACAGAGGGAGGGAAGCAGGGAAAAGGGAGAGAAGAACAGAGGGAGGGAAGCAGGGAAAAGGGAGAGAAGAACAGAGGGAGGGAAGCAGGGAAAAGGGAGAGAAGAACAGAGGGAGGGAAGCAGGGAAAAGGGAGAGAAGAACAGAGGGAGGGAAGCAGGGAAAGGGAGAGAAGAACAGAGGGAGGGAAGCAGGGAAAAGGGAGAGAAGAACAGAGGGAGGGAAGCAGGGAAAAGGGAGAGAAGAACAGAGGGAGGGAAGCAGGGAAAAGGGAGAGAAGAACAGAGGGAGGGAAGCAGGGAAAAGGGAGAGAAGAACAGAGGGAGGGAAGCAGGUGAGAACAGAGGGGAGAAGGGAAGAACAGAGGGAGGGAAGCAGGGAAAAGGGAGAGAAGAACAGAGGGAGGGAAGCAGGGAAAGGGAGAGAAGAACAGAGGGAGGGAAGCAGGGAAAAGGGAGAGAAGAACAGAGGGAGGGAAGCAGGGAAAAGGGAGAGAAGAACAGAGGGAGGGAAGCAGGGAAAAGGGAGAGAAGAACAGAGGGAGGGAAGCAGGGAAAAGGGAGAGAAGAACAGAGGGAGGGAAGCAGGGAAAGGGAGAGAAGAACAGAGGGAGGGAAGCAGGGAAAAGGGAGAGAAGAACAGAGGGAGGGAAGCAGGGAAAAGGGAGAGAAGAACAGAGGGAAAGGGAGAGAAGAAAGGGGGAAGCAGGGAAAAGGGAGAGAAGAACAGAGGGAGGGAAGCAGGGAAAAGGGAGAGAAGAACAGAGGGAGGGAAGCAGGGAAAAGGGAGAGAAGAACAGAGGGAGGGAAGCAGGGAAAAGGGAGAGAAGAACAGAGGGAGGGAAGCAGGGAAAAGGGAGAGAAGAACAGAGGGAGGGAAGCAGGGAAAGGGAGAGAAGAACAGAGGGAGGGAAGCAGGGAAAGGAGAGAAGAACAGAGGGAGGGAAGCAGGGAAAAGGGAGAGAAGAACAGAGGGAGGGAAGCAGGGAAAAGGGAGAGAAGAACAGAGGGAGGGAAGCAGGGAAAAGGGAGAGAAGAACAGAGGGAGGGAAGCAGGGAAAAGGGAGAGAAGAACAGAGGGAGGGGAAGCAGGGAAAAGGGAGAGAAGAACAGAGGGAGGGAAGCAGGGAAAAGGGAGAGAAGAACAGAGGGAGGGAAGCAGGGAAAAGGGAGAGAAGAACAGAGGGAGGGAAGCAGGGAAAAGGGAGAGAAGAACAGAGGGAGGGAAGCAGGGAAAAGGGAGAGAAGAACAGAGGGAGGGAAGCAGGGGAAAAGGGAGAGAAGAACAGAGGGAGGGAAGCAGGGGAAAAGGGAGAGAAGAACAGAGGGAGGGAAGCAGGGAAAAGGGAGAGAAGAACAGAGGGAGGGAAGCAGGGAAAAGGGAGAGAAGAACAGAGGGAGGGAAGCAGGGAAAAGGGAGAGAAGAACAGAGGGAGGGAAGCAGGGAAAAGGGAGAGAAGAACAGAGGGAGGGAAGCAGGGAAAAGGGAGAGAAGAACAGAGGGAGGAAGCAGGGAAAAGGGAGAGAAGAACAGAGGGAGGGAAGCAGGGAAAAGGGAGAGAAGAACAGAGGGAGGGAAGCAGGGAAAGGGAGAGAAGAACAGAGGGAGGGAAGCAGGGAAAAGGGAGAGAAGAACAGAGGGAGGGAAGCAGGGAAAAGGGAGAGAAGAACAGAGGGAGGGAAGCAGGGAAAAGGGAGAGAAGAACAGAGGGAGGGAAGCAGGGAAAAGGGAGAGAAGAACAGAGGGAGGGAAGCAGGGAAAAGGGAGAGAAGAACAGAGGGAGGGAAGCAGGGAAAGGGAGAGAAGAACAGAGGGAGGGAAGCAGGGAAAAGGGAGAGAAGAACAAGGGAGGGAAGCAGGGAAAAGGGAGAGAAGAACAGAGGGAGGGAAGCAGGGAAAAGGGAGAGAAGAACAGAGGGAGGGAAGCAGGGAAAAGGGAGAGAAGAACAGAGGGAGGGAAGCAGGGAAAAGGGAGAGAAGAACAGAGGGAGGGAAGCAGGGAAAAGGGAGAGAAGAACAGAGGGAGGGAAGCAGGGAAAAGGGAGAGAAGAACAGAGGGAGGGAAGCAGGGAAAAGGGAGAGAAGAACAGAGGGAGGGAAGCAGGGAAAAGGGAGAGAAGAACAGAGGGAGGGAAGCAGGGAAAAGGGAGAGAAGAACAGAGGGAGGGAAGCAGGGAAAAGGGAGAGAAGAACAGAGGGAGGGAAGCAGGGAAAAGGGAGAGAAUGAACAGAGGGAGGGAAGCAGGGAAAAGGGAGAGAAGAACAGAGGGAGGGAAGCAGGGAAAAGGGAGAGAAGAACAGAGGGAGGGAAGCAGGGAAAAGGGAGAGAAGAACAGAGGGAGGGAAGCAGGGAAAAGGGAGAGAAGAACAGAGGGAGGGAAGCAGGGAAAAGGGAGAGAAGAACAGAGGGAGGGAAGCAGGGAAAAGGGAGAGAAGAACAGAGGAGGGAAGCAGGGAAAAGGGAGAGAAGAACAGAGGGAGGGAAGGCAGGGAAAAGGGAGAGAAGAACAGAGGGAGGGAAGCAGGGAAAAGGGAGAGAAGAACAGAGGGAGGGAAGCAGGGAAAGGGAGAGAAGAACAGAGGGAGGGAAGCAGGGAAAAGGGAGAGAAGAACAGAGGGAGGGAAGCAGGGAAAAGGGAGAGAAGAACAGAGGGAGGGGAAGCAGGGAAAAGGGAGAGAAGAACAGAGGGAGGGAAGCAGGGAAAAGGGAGAGAAGAACAGAGGGAGGGAAGCAGGGAAAAGGGAGAGAAGAACAGAGGGAGGGAAGCAGGGAAAAGGGAGAGAAGAACAGAGGGAGGGAAGCAGGGAAAAGGGAGAGAAGAACAGAGGGAGGGAAGCAGGGAAAAGGGAGAGAAGAACAGAGGGAGGGAAGCAGGGAAAAGGGAGAGAAGAACAGAGGGAGGGAAGCAGGGAAAAGGGAGAGAAGAACAGAGGGAGGGAAGCAGGGAAAAGGGAGAGAAGAACAGAGGGAGGGAAGCAGGGAAAAGGGAGAGAAGAACAGAGGGAGGGAAGCAGGGAAAAGGGAGAGAAGACAGAGGGAGGGAAGCAGGGAAAAGGGAGAGAAGAACAGAGGGAGGGAAGCAGGGAAAAGGGAGAGAAGAACAGAGGGAGGGAAGCAGGGGAAAAGGGAGAGAAGAACAGAGGGAGGGAAGCAGGGAAAAGGGAGAGAAGAACAGAGGGAGGGAAGCAGGGAAAAGGGAGAGAAGAACAGAGGGAGGGAAGCAGGGAAAAGGGAGAGAAGAACAGAGGGAGGGAAGCAGGGAAAAGGGAGAGAAGAACAGAGUGUGA